UCCCAAGGAGCCUGCCACCGAAAGCUCAGCGCUGGGGGCAGAUGCAAGAGCUUGAUACCUUCGCAAGCUCUGAUGGUGUCCCGGUGCUUCUCAGACGUCUGCUCUAACCUUUAUGUCCACCCAGAGGAUUAGGCAAAAAUGCCACCACUUUAUUGGAGAGAAAACUGAGCUUCACAGAGGUUAACCGGCAAAGCAUGGCAGAGGAACCCAGGUCUGCCUGCCUUAAGGCCUGGGGAAGGAAGACCUCAGCUAGAAGACUCUGCCUGGUCUGAGUGUCACUCGUCGGCCCCCCCACGUCCCCCGUCCCCCGCGCCCCCGUCCUACAGCCACCAGCAUCCUGUUCUGUCUCCCGAUAGUGAUGGGCAGCCUGGUGUAUCCCUCCCCCGGCUCUGACAAAUGAACUAACACACGGGGCCCAUGUCACAGCCUCCCCUGACCUGUGGCAUUAAGGACCCAGUUUCGAGGCCGGGGGUCCUUCGGCUCCAGAACGCCUCUACUUGGUGUCAGAGCUCAGCAGCUUUCGGGAAGAGAGCAGCCGCCUUAUAAAUGCUGCGUGUCCAGCCUGCGGCCUGAGAGGAGCCCCGGGGCAGGGGGCCAGGCCAAACUGCUGUUUGUCUGGGUGGAGCCUGUUGUCACACUGUUUAUCCACCUCUGCCGGGGCCCCAAGCCCCUCUGUGUGCUGCAGCUGCAGAGUCGGCCCUGAGCUCCUGCGGUCACCGUCACCGCGCUGCUGGUUCCAGCCCCCCGCUCCGCCUGGCCUCCGCACCCCGCUGCCCCGUGCUCUGCUCCACGAGGAGGCCAGAGUCAGCCAAGGCCACGGACCCACCGCUGGAGCCAUGGUCCAUGGGUACAAAGGAGUCAAAUUCCAAAACUGGGCGAGGACCUAUGGCUGUUACCCGGAGAUGUACUACCAGCCCACGUCCGUGGAGGAGAUCAGAGAGGUGCUGGCCCUGGCCAGGCAGCAGAACAAGCGGGUGAAGGUGGUGGGCGGCGGCCACUCACCGUCAGACAUCGCCUGCACCGACGGCUUCAUGAUCCACAUGGGCAAGAUGAACCGCGUCCUCAAGGUGGACACGGAGAAGAAGCAGGUGACCGUGGAGGCCGGCAUCCUCCUGGCUGAUCUGCACCCACAGCUGGACAAGCACGGCCUGGCCUUGUCCAACCUGGGAGCCGUGUCGGACGUGACCGCAGCUGGCGUCAUCGGGUCCGGAACGCACAACACGGGGAUCAAGCACGGCAUCCUGGCCACCCAGGUGGUGGCACUGACCCUCCUGACGGCCGACGGGACCAUUCUGGAGUGCUCCGAGUCCAGCAACGCGGAGGUGUUCCAGGCGGCGCGGGUGCACCUGGGCUGCCUCGGAGUCCUCCUCACCAUCACCCUGCAGUGCGUGCCCCAGUUCUACUUGCAGGAGACUUCCUUCCCCUCGACCUUGACAGAGGUUCUUGACAACCUGGACAGCCACCUGAAAAAAUCCGAAUACUUCCGCUUCCUCUGGUUCCCGCACAGCGAGAACGUCAGCGCCAUCUACCAGGACCACACCAACAAGCCUCCCUCCUCUUCAGCCAACUGGUUUUGGGACUAUGCUGUUGGAUUCUAUUUACUGGAGUUCCUGCUCUGGAUCAGCACCUUCCUGCCAGGCCUCGUGGGCUGGAUCAACCGCUUUUUCUUCUGGCUCCUGUUCAAUGGGAAGAAGGAAAACUGCAACCGCAGCCACAAGAUCUUCACCUACGAGUGCCGCUUCAAGCAACACGUGCAGGACUGGGCCAUCCCCAGAGAGAAGACCAAGGAGGCCCUGCUGGAGCUGAAGGCCAUGCUGGAGGCGCACCCCAAGGUGGUGGCCCACUACCCCGUGGAGGUGCGCUUCACCCGGGGGGACGACAUCCUGCUGAGCCCCUGCUUCCAGCGCGACAGCUGCUACAUGAACAUCAUCAUGUACAGGCCCUACGGCAAGGACGUGCCGCGGCUGGACUACUGGCUGGCCUACGAGACCAUCAUGAAGAAGGUGGGGGGCAGGCCCCACUGGGCCAAGGCCCACAACUGCACCCGGAAGGACUUUGAGAAAAUGUAUCCGGCCUUUCCGAAGUUCUGUGCCAUCCGAGAAAAGCUGGACCCCUCGGGGAUGUUCCUGAAUGCGUAUCUGGAGAAGGUGUUCUACUGAAGCACAAACAGAAAACAAGUCGAGCCCACCCCAUCCCGUCCCCCAGGCCCACUUCGCAUGAGGUUGAAGGCUCCAUGUCCCUCCGGCCUGGUGGGGAACAGACCUCUUCCCCCAGGCCCUCUGCCAUGGUGCCCGCAGCUGCCCUGGCCCAGAGUGAGGAGCCUGGAUCUGGGCAGCUCCCACUUCCCUCAUCCUCACAGGAACCCCGUGUAAGGAAGAGCACCAAAUCCCCAUUUACCUCUCCAGCCUCAUCCUCUUAGCCCAAGCCUGCACUCACCAUAUCCUGUUUCCCAGAAGACAGAGAAGCCCCCAAAUGUUCUGUGUCUAGGAGGUCAGGAUUCAGCGUUUCACAGGUUCCACCCGCUGGUUGGGUGUCCGGAGCUCCAGGGAUCCCCCGCCCACCCUUGCAGGGAGGGGUCCCCCUGGCAUGUGUUUGGGCACAGAGGUCGUGUGUGCUGUGCUCUGCUUUCUUUCACUCUCGAGGGUCUUUCAGAUGCUCAGGUGUGUGCCCCCUGCCCUGGGACUGCCCUCUUCCAAAAGGUCCACCUGUCCGUCUGACCUCCCAUAGCCUGACCUGCAGUGUGUCUAUUCCAGCGGAUGUUUGGGGAGUGGGACUCUCCUUGCCUCCUUUUUAAUAAAGGCCAAGA